AUGACCUGUGGGGGACAGAGGCGAUUUAUCGUAGGCCUUCAUUCGAACAGACUCGCACCUUGCCACCGUCAACCUCAGCACCUGUCAAACGGAAGCACCCCAACCACAACUACGGGUACCAGCAGCCACCGAAUCACUACUCAGGGGACCAACUACCACCAAUCGGGGUGUGGUGACCCUGACAACGGCCAAAAGGGUCAGAAUCGUAACCAGAAAGACGCGGUUGGAGGCAAGUGCCCUCAUAAUCAGAAACGUCGGACUUCUAUCAACAACAAUACAUCAUACUCCACGUCUGCAGGUAACCAUUGUGGCACUUUAGAUUCGAGUCCGGUUCCGAGCAGGGCCACGAGUGGUAGCUGUAGUAGCGAGAGAGGCCGAACUGGGUGCACUAGCCCUGCCCUGUCGACCUCUUGUUGGAAGCCUCUGUCUAUUAUGGCCAGAAAAAGAGACGACAAAAGCCCGGCUAGAAAUUGUGGAGAUAGACAAGAACGAAAAAUGGAGUCAUAUUUGGCUGACGACGAGAAUUACCCUAGUUUUUCGAAUCAAGUCGUAAAACUCGGACUUCAGCUUAGAGACAUUCCUGCCGAUGGACUUUUUCUUUCUUUCUUUCUUUUCUUUACGCUUGACAUCACGAGGUCGGGUUCCCUAUUGCCUCUCUCUUUCUCUUUUCUCUCUCUUUCUCUUUUCUCUGUCUCCUCUCUCUUGUUCCUGCUUUCUCCCUCUUCUCUCUCUCUCGCCUCCUCUUCUCCCUCUCUUUGUCUUUGCUCCAGUUCUCUCCUCUUUUCCUCUUCUUUCUUUCCACUUUCUCUCUCUCCCCUCCACUUUCUUCCCUCCCUUCCCCUCCACUUUCUCCCCUCCCCUCCCCUCCACUAUCUCUCUCUCCCCUCCCCUAUCGUCUCUCUCCCCUCCACUAUCUCUCUCUCCCCACCUCCUCUCUCUCUCUCCCCCCACUAUCUCUCUCUCCCCUCCACUAUCUCUCUCUCCCCCCUCCACUUUCUCUCUCUCUCCCCUCCACUUUCUCUCUCUCUCCCCCUCCACUUUCUCUCUCUCUCUCCCCCUCCACUUUCUCUCUCUCUCUCCCCCACUUUCUCUCUCCCCUCCACUCUCUCUCUCUCUCCCCUCCACUUUCUCUCUCUCUCUCUCCCCUCCACUUUCUCUCUCUCUCUCUCCCCUCCACUUUCUCUCUCUCUCUCUCCCCUCCACUUUCUCUCUCUCCCCUCCACUUUCUCUCUCUCUCUCCAUCUUGCUCACUUUCCUUUCAAUCAUUUCCUCCCACCCCUUAUAUUUCUUAUUCUCUCUGCUGCUUCCAAACACCAUCCCUUCUGUUGUCUCUCUUACCCAAGGUCUUUCUUCCUUUCUUUGUUCCUUUUCUUCCUUUCUUUGUUCCUUUUCUUCCUUUCUUUGUUCCUUUUCUUCCUUUCUUUGUUCCUUUUCUUCCUUUCUUUGUUCCUUUUCUUCCUUUCUUUGUUCCUUUUCUUCCUUUCUUUGUUCCUUUUCUUCCUUUCUUUGUUCCUUUUCUUCCUUUCUUUGUUCCUUUUCUUCCUUUCUUUGUUCCUUUUCUUCCUUUCUUUGUUCCUUUUCUUCCUUUCUUUGUUUCUUUUCUUUCUAGAUAUACACUGA